AAAAAAGUAUUAGAAAUCAUUUUAGAAGGAAAUAUCUUGCUAGAUGAUCACGCUAUUAUUAUAAAUAAUUUUUUUGAAGAGAAACAAAUUUCAUUAUAUCGGCUAGUAUCACAUUAUGUAGCUAAAAUUUUGGAAAUGGCUUCCACUUAUUGGUUCAACAAUAACUACAUACGAAAUAAAAACAAGGAAGUUAAUGCUGAUAUAAACUAUGAAGAACUAAAAAGUUAUUAUUACACUUUUAUUCUUGUUCAAUCUGAAAUGUUAUUUAUUAUAGCCCAUGCUUAUAAUAUUAGAACAAAAGACUGUUCUGUUCAUAUUCCAAAAACAAAUCUCAUCAAAUCUAUUAAAUAUUUAACUAAGCCAUUAUCGAUUUAUUAUUUAAAAAUCUGUAAAAUUAUCCAUAAUUAUCAAUCAUGUGAAAUCCAUCCGAUUAAACGAGUUUUCAGGGGUAUUCCAAAUUCAAUAUGGCAAGAUAUUUACAGUCAUUUAGAUUUGACAUCUCAGAAAAUUCAAUUAGCAUAUAAACAAAUUACAUCAAUUUUAGAAUCUAUUGACUUUCAAGAUGAAAAAGAUCACAAUAACCUAGAACUAAUUGAAUCCAUUAUGGAAAGAAUGAAUGAAGCUUAUAAACAAAUUGAAAAUGCUCGAAACUUUGCAGAAUUUAGUAGCCUUCUUAUUGCUAAGAUUCAACAUAAACCGAUUAAUAAUCUAGAUACGAAUGAAUCUGAACCAUUAUUGGCAAUGAAUACCGAUGAAAAAAUUGUUAUAAUUAAUAAUGAUUUAGAAAUUGAAGAUGAAGUAUUUGAAGAAUAUAUCAAAGAAGAAUAUUUAAAACCUUUAUGUGAAAAUAGUGAUAUAAGUAUUCUUCAAAAUUUUAAGCUUGAUAAAUUACUAGCUAAAAAUUUUAUGACUGAAUUAAAAGAAGCACUAACAGAAAAACAAAAGUCUAUGACAGAAAGAGAACUAAAGGCAUUAAAGCGGAUGUAUAAUAAAAUACUAAAACUAUCAACUUCAGCAUUGUCAGAAUCUUUAUCACCUACACCCCCACCAACACUACCACCCCCACCCCCACCCUUGCCACCACCAAGAGUUUUAAAAGAUGCAAUUUCAACAAAUAAUUAUAUUGAAAAAAAUAAAUUGCAAAAAAAUAAAUGUACUCCAAUACCUCUUCCAAGAGUAAAAAUGUUGAAAUCAGAGGAUAUAAUACCUAAUGUACAAAAAUUUUCUAUCAAUCAAUCUAUCCAAGAUUUCAAGUUCCCAAUAUUUACAGAGGAAACCUUUUUUGGAAGUGGAGAAAACUCUGAAGAAGAUGAUUUGAAAAAUAAUAAUGAAGAUAAUGAAGUUCAUUAAAAAUAAAAUCAU